AUCGCGAGAACCAGUCGAUCCUGAUCACCGGAGAAUCCGGAGCAGGGAAGACUGUGAACACAAAGCGUGUCAUCCAGUACUUUGCAACAAUUGCAGCAAGCGGGGACAAGAAGAAGGAAGAGCAGACGUCAGGCAAAAUGCAGGGAACGCUUGAGGAUCAAAUCAUCAGCGCCAACCCACUGCUGGAGGCCUUUGGAAAUGCCAAGACCGUGAGGAACGACAACUCCUCACGCUUUGGCAAAUUCAUCAGAAUUCACUUUGGUGCCACAGGAAAACUUGCUUCUGCUGAUAUUGAAACAUAUCUGCUGGAGAAGUCCAGAGUCACUUUCCAGCUCAAGGCAGAAAGAAGCUACCACAUAUUCUAUCAAAUCAUGUCCAACAAGAAGCCAGAGCUAAUAGACAUGCUUCUCAUCACCACCAACCCAUAUGACUACCAGUUUGUUAGUCAAGGUGAAAUCACUGUUCCCAGCAUUAAUGACCAGGAGGAGCUGAUGGCUACAGAUAGUGCCAUUGACAUCCUGGGCUUCACCGCUGAUGAAAAGACAGCCAUCUACAAGCUGACAGGGGCUGUCAUGCACUAUGGGAACUUGAAGUUCAAGCAGAAACAACGAGAGGAGCAGGCAGAGCCUGAUGGCACUGAAGUGGCUGACAAGGCUGCCUAUUUGAUGGGUCUGAACUCAGCUGACCUGCUGAAGGCCCUGUGCUACCCCCGAGUCAAGGUUGGGAAUGAAUAUGUGACCAAGGGUCAAACUGUGCAGCAGGUGAACAAUGCAGUUGGUGCCCUGGCAAAAGCUGUCUAUGAGAAGAUGUUCUUGUGGAUGGUUGUUCGUAUCAACCAACAGCUGGAUACCAAGCAGCCCAGACAGUACUUCAUUGGUGUCCUGGACAUUGCUGGCUUUGAGAUUUUUGAUUUCAACAGCUUGGAGCAGCUGUGCAUCAAUUUCACCAAUGAGAAACUGCAACAGUUCUUCAACCACCACAUGUUCGUGUUGGAGCAAGAGGAAUACAAGAAGGAAGGAAUUGAAUGGACAUUCAUUGACUUUGGGAUGGACCUGGCUGCCUGCAUUGAGCUCAUUGAGAAGCCCAUGGGCAUCUUCUCCAUCCUGGAAGAGGAGUGCAUGUUCCCCAAGGCAACUGACACCUCUUUCAAGAACAAGCUCUAUGACCAGCAUCUGGGCAAGUCCAGUAACUUCCAGAAGCCCAAGCCUGCCAAAGGCAAGGCUGAGGCUCACUUCUCGCUGGUGCACUAUGCUGGCACAGUGGACUACAACAUCACUGGCUGGCUUGAGAAGAACAAAGACCCUCUGAAUGAAACAGUCAUUGGGUUGUACCAGAAAUCAUCUGUGAAGACCCUGGCUUUACUUUUUGCCUCCUAUGGUGGAGCAGAAGCUGAGGCUAGUGGUGGUGCUGGUGGGGGAAAGAAGGGUGGCAAGAAGAAAGGUUCUUCUUUCCAGACAGUCUCAGCACUUUUCCGGGAGAACCUAAACAAGCUG